GUGCGAUAACGACCAGGGUCGCUGGUGCAGCUGGGCCGAUCAAUUGUGCGAUCGUUGCCAGCGGGUGCAGCAGCAGCGGUGAAAUCGCACUGCAUGUAUCUACGCACACAAUUCCACAAAUCAGUAUGUCGACGUAUUCGCUGUCAGCUCGUGCACUGGGUCUCCUAGCAGCUCUUCACCGACAUUCGUUUCAACAACAUUCCCGUCUCCAUUUCUCCACAUCCUCCUUCGUAAUGGCGCAGAAAAUCAAAGCUGGACCUGUGGUUGAAGCCCAGGGUGAUGAAAUGACGAGGAUCAUCUGGGAGAAGAUCAAGGAUAUCUUGAUCUUCCCGUAUGUGGAGAUGGAGUUGCAUUCCUUUGAUCUGGGAAUAGAACACCGCGAUGCUACGAAUGACAAAGUGACGGUUGACUGUGCGGAAGCCAUCAAAAAGUACAACGUUGGCAUCAAGUGUGCUACGAUCACUCCGGACGAACAGCGAGUCGAAGAAUUCAAGCUGAAGAAGAUGUGGCCAUCGCCCAACGGCACAAUCCGCAACAUUCUCGGUGGCACGGUAUUCCGUGAAGCCAUCAUCUGCAAGAACAUCCCGCGUCUUGUAACCGGUUGGGUUAAGCCCAUCAUUAUCGGUCGUCAUGCACAUGGCGAUCAAUACAAAGCCAAAGACUUCGUUGUUCCCGGAGCUGGCACCCUGAAGAUCACGUGGGUUCCCGCGCCCGGCACUAAUCAUAAACAAAUCGAGGAAACUGUUUUCGAUUUCAAAGCCCCGGGUGUGGCAUUGUCCAUGUACAACACCGAUGAAUCCAUUACAGAUUUUGCGCAUAGUUCGUUUAAAUUUGCACUGGAUCGCAAACUACCGCUUUUUAUGAGCACGAAGAACACCAUUUUGAAGCGGUAUGACGGACGAUUUAAAGAUAUUUUCCAAGCUCUUUAUGAAAAGGAAUAUAAAAAGCAAUUUGAGGCAGCGGGAAUUUAUUACGAACAUCGCUUGAUUGACGACAUGGUUGCCCAAGCCAUGAAGAGCGAAGGCGGAUUUGUGUGGGCUUGCAAGAAUUAUGACGGUGAUGUGCAGUCCGAUUCCGUAGCCCAAGGCUACGGCUCACUGGGCAUGAUGACCAGUGUACUGAUUUGCCCUGAUGGUAAAACUGUUGAGGCCGAGGCUGCCCAUGGUACAGUUACCAGACAUUUCCGAUUCUGGCAACAAGGCAAAGAAACCUCGACCAACCCCAUCGCUUCUAUUUUUGCUUGGACUCGUGGUCUUGAACACCGUGGUAAACUCGACGGCAACGAGGAGUUGAUUAAAUUUGCCCACGCUUUGGAAGCCGCUUGCAUUGAUACGAUCGAAGCUGGAUUCAUGACGAAGGAUUUGGCUCUUUGCAUUAAAGGCAGCCUGAGCAAGGUAAAUCGCAGCGAUUACAUGGAAACCGUCGAAUUUAUCGAAAAAAUUGGCAGCGAGUUGAAGAAAAAGUUGGGCAAGUGAAGUGGAUCACAUCGUCACUGGACAGAAAACUAUAAAAUUUUCUUUUGUGGGUCUUGUUAGUCAGCUGUCAGAGUUUUAAAAAGAUUGUUUAUGUGAAUGUUUUGAUUGUUUUUUCUUGUUUGUGGACUUUUUUCUCCAUUUUCAGUUAAUUUUAAUGAGAUUUGUGAUGGUUACGGUUUCUGAUUUAAUGACUAUUGCUUAUGCAUGACAAGUGCAGUAAAUCUGUGAAACACGA